GUACCUCGACAUUUUAUUUAUCAAACAUGCUGACAUUAUAUUAGUGUUACCUUCAAGGCGAAAGCUUGAGAAUCGACGGAGUACCUACUUUGGUAAUUUAAUAUGAAUACAUGAUCCACAACUAUCAAUCAAGUCAGCAAAUCGCCCAAGUUGUUUACACUUGCAUCAUAUAAAUUGGCCCGUGGUGGAGUGACUAUGCCGACGGGUUUUUUGGGUGAAUCGUGUGGUUGUUAACAAUGGGCUCCUUGUUUUCUAAGAACAGUACCUGGCGGCGUUGCCGUCACUGCGACCGUAAUGUGAAGUUGUUCGAGCGGAUGUGCUGCCUGUGCGCGGCGGCAGCCUUGAGGAUGGAGCCGCCGGCGCGCGGCAGCGACAAGCCGCUGUUCGGCGAGUACCUCUGCAUCACCUGCGAGAUCGUGUGGACCAGCCGCCUGUGCUGGCCCAGCCACUACCAGGCCUGCAAGCGCUGCCACCAGCUCGUCUAUCCGCACACCUGGCGUGAUCUUACAGCAGCGGAAAUAAGACGAGAAGCCACGACUAAGGACCACCAGAGAGAAUACUGCCAAAAGUGCCUAGAGGUGGGCUACUACUGUGGAGACUACGCUAGGCUCUAUGGCAAACUCUGA